AUGAGGAAUUUUUUAUGGAUUCUUGAAAUGUUUGUCCUUUCUGUCGGAAAGUUGUGCAAUGAUGAAAAUCUGGUAUCUUUCUUGAACAAGAUUGAAGAUACUGUUGCCGCAAUUCAACCCGUUGAUUCGGAUGAUCGAGCUGUUUUGAAUGAUCUUAUAAUUGGGUCACAAAAAGAAAUUAUUAAGUCACUGGAAAAAGAAAUCGAUGAAUGGUACGCCACUCUCUUAGAUUCUCAUUACCCACAAUAUUCCAGUUCUCUUGCUACAAAUGAAGUCUUGGAAAUCAUUAGUUCCAUAGUGAAGUAUAUACCGGAUUUCAUCUCUAGUUUGUCAGAUGGUUUUGAAAGAGACAUGAAACCUGAAAUAGAAGUCUUGGAAGAGCAAAUGACGUUCUUGACAAGUCUCAUGCUCUUUGCCAAGCACGGAAACGUCAAGUUAGACCUUAGAGCUGUUCAGGAUUUGUUAGAAGCAAUCAAGAUUCUUCUUGCAGAAUGUGAUCAGCAGAAGGAUCCACAAGUAUCGAGGUUCAUUGUGCCGAGUACUAUUCAGUUGGGCUUUAUUGAUUUCUUGUUAGAAAAACUUACGGAGCUGAUAAAUGGCGCUGAUAAACCAACUGCAAAGAGUCGUGCUUUAACUAUCCAACAAGAAUUCAUCUCCUUAAGAUCUUUCUUGGUGGAUAUUAUGGAGUUGCGACGUCAACACAAGGAACUCCAAGAUCUUUGGGAUCGCAUUUUCGAGCACCUCAGCAAUAUUAAGUCGGGAAUCGAAGGCAAGAGACAAGAAAUUGAACUCAAGAGACAAGAAAUUAUCAAAGUGAAGAAAGCCACUCUUACAAACAAUCACCAUCAGCCAACAACUUCCUCAAUGAGAAGGGAAGUUGUAGGCUUCACUGAUGAGGCAAACUCGAUUAUCGAUUGGCUCAACAGAGGAUCUCGGAGGUUGCAGAUCGUAGCUAUUUUGGGGAUGCCAGGACUAGGCAAGACCACGUUGGCUGAUAAAGCUUACAGUGAAGAUUGUGUCUCGAGCCAUUUUCAUGUAUGUGGGUGGACUAUUGUGUCACAGACAGUGGAUGAAAAGAGAGUCUUCCUAUCUCAGAUUGAUCCCUCCAAAUGUUCUGGGGUUACUACGGAAACAAGUGCGCACGACGUAGCUGAAAAAUUGUGGCGCAGCUUAAGAGGAAAGAGAUAUCUGAUUGUUUUGGAUGAUGUAUGGGAAAUUGAUUCCUGGAGUAGAUUGCAAAAAGACUUCCCUGAUGAUCACACAGGAAGCAGAAUUAUGUUGACAAGUCGUCGUCGUGAUUAUGCUCAUGAUAUGCUUGAUGGAAAACCUUAUGAACCAAAAGCAUGCAAUAAAGAAGAGAGCCUGAAUUUGUUGCAAAAUCUGUUAUUCAAUGGAAAUGGUUUGCCCCUUGAAUUACAAGAUCUGGGGAUGCAAAUUGUUGAGGCUUGUAAGGGAUUACCUCUCGUGAUUGUCAUUGUAGCUGGACUUCUACAAGCCAAAGAUCAAGAAGGUUGGAAGGAAGUUUUGGAUGAAUUAAGUUCGCGUAACAUGUCGAGUGAAGAGCAAUGGAGGAACGCAGUUGAGCUCAGUUACAGCCGCUUAAUUACCAGAACAUUUAAGGCCAUGCCUUCUGUACUUUGCGAUUUAAAUGAGGUUCCAUUUCCGGAUAGUUUCUGGAAUCUUCGGAGGCUAAAGCAUCUUCGCAUAUGGAGUCAAAUUAGCACACCCGAAUUCCAUUUUCCAAUGGAAAAUCUUCAUCUUAUACCUGAUUUAUAUAAGCUGGAAAGCAUUUCUGAGGUCCGUAUUCCUUACCAUUGGGGAAUUGAAAGGCUGAUGGAAAAGCUAGAAUCACUUCAUGUAUCAAUAGGCAAAUGGAAUUUACGUGACACUUGGUUGGACUUGCGUUUACCUGGGAACUUGAAGAAACUGGCAUUGUCAGAUUUACCUUUGUCUUGGAGGAGUCUUUCCACCAUUGAUGGAUUGCCAAACCUUGAAGUUCUGAAACUAAUCCGGAUUAAGCGAGUGCAGGUGGAAAAUGGAAAUUCAGAUAUGAAGCUCACUCACUACUAUAGUGAUGGAGAAGAAUCGGAGGGUACUACUGAUGAAGACGACAGUGAUGGAUAUGAAACGGAGACUUCUGAUGAUCAAUAA